CCACAUUCAAGGAAUGUCGCACAGACGCUACCACAUGAGAUUUGGAUAUUCCCUUGCGUCAAGGGUCGAUGAGCUCUACACGGUCACAAUGGGCCGGCACCACUUUCGGAUGCCCUAUUACCUAUGGCGGGAAUCACUAUUGUCAUCGCCAUCCCGCGUGGCAAAUCCCGUGCUUCACGCUAUAUUUUCGGACGUUCCGGAAAGUGCUCGCGUACCUACAAACCCUUGUAGCAAUGGCGCUGGACACCACAGCUGCAUUGGUUGUAAUAUUCUACUACCUCCUCAUCACCGCCGUUGGGGUUUGGGCGGCCCGGAAAUUGCACGUCGGGUCGGUGCAAGCAGCCUCCCAAAAGCUCGGUAAGGCUAAGUACCGCAAGGAGAGGCGUCGGGAAGAACAGUUGUACCUGCUACGCUUGUUCCUCUGCGAACGUAAGCUGACGGUCUGCCUCGGCUUGAUGACAAUGACCGCCACCUGGGUUGGAGGAGGCUACCUGAGCGGUGUGGCCGAGGUUGUCUACUCGUCUGGAAUAAUCUGGUGCCAUGCUCCUCUCGGCUAUGCUAUCAGCCUCCUCCUGGGUGGCCGGUUGUUUGCACAGAAGAUCCGUUCUACUGAUUCCAUCACCAUGCUCGAUCCGUUUCAACGACGUUUCGGGAAAUGGAUCGUCGUUCUGCCCAUCAUCCCAGCCAUCUGUGGGGAAAUCUGCUGGGCCGCUGCCAUCUUGACUGCACUUGGCACAGCGGUGGACGUCAUGAUUGGCUUCGAAUCCAGCACUAUUGCCAUAGUGAUCUCAUCCUUCGUUACCAUCUUCUAUACUGCACUGGGAGGCCUGUAUUCAGUCGUCUACACCGACUUCUUCCAGCUGCUAACAUCGGCAGUAGCACUGUGGUAUUGCGUGCCAUUCGUCUUGCGGAACGAUGCCGUCGGUACCUUCAAGGGUCCCGAAUCCAACUGGGUUGGCAACAUCAAUUUCGAAGAUGUACCCGUGGCACUGGAUUUUUUCUUGAUGACUGCGCUCGGAGGAAUUUCGUGGCAGGUCUACUUCCAGCGUGUCCUCAGUGCUGAAACGGAGGUCGUUGCGCGGAUGAUAUCUUAUCUGGCGGCUUUCGGGUGUAUCUUUCUGGCGCUACCACCUGCCAUCAUAGGAGCAGCUGCAACCACAACGAACUUUACCAAGGUCGGCCCGGGCCCAGCCCGGCUUGCCGAGGAAGACCAGUAUCGCAUUCUGCCCUACGCCAUGCACAUGUUAACGCCACGCUAUGAGGCGGUACUGGGCAUGCUCGCCAUUGUAACAGCCGUUAUGUCGUCCGUCGACUCAUCCAUCCUUAGUGCUGCCACUUUGACCACGAGGAACGUCUACCAGAAGUUGAUCAGGCCUAAGGCAAGCACCACAGAAAUUGGCACGUUCCUUCGAGCGUCAGUGGUUGGCUUCGGUGGACUAGCCACCAUAUUGGCCCUCUCGGUGAAAUCGGGCUCUGUGUACUCCCUGUGGGUGCUCAGUUCCGAUUUGGUUUAUGUCCUGCUCUUCCCACAGAUGGUCUCUAUCUUCUACCUCCAGGAAACAACCAAUUCGUACGGCCUACUGUGCGGCUUUCUCCUGGGUGGUACCCUCCGUACCGUCAGCGGGGAACCGUCCGUCGGCGUCCCCGUUCUGCUGCAGUACCCUUUCUACGAUGCAGUUCGUGGACAACAAUUUCCCUUCCGUACUUUGUGUAUGGGAGUCAACUUCGGUAGCCUCGUCCUCUUCUCCAAGCUGGCAGCCCAUCUGUUCAAGAACAAUAUCCUCGCUCCCAAUUUGGACUACUUCAACAGUUUCCCUGCUUUGCAUCUGCCUCCCGAGCAACCAGCUGCUGGGAAACCAUCUACUGAACAGGAAGAAUCGAAGCCUACUGCCGAGAAGGCAGACACUGAGGCUACACUGUCACUGAGGCAGAAGUCUGACACUUCGGCUACUGCUACCAACAAUUGAACUAUUAACUUCUUCGCGUCAUGUCAAGUGUAACACUGUAUUCUUUUGCCACUUUGUUUUGUUUCCUUUCGUCUAUCGACGUAUUAUAGCAGUGUUAGUAGUCUUGCCACUGCGUGCACAAAACUAUCCUAACCACUAUUCUUGGCGUCACGGAACAACCAAGUGACGACUUAUUAGGUUGACUUGUAGGACUACUUACUCUGACGUCAGAGAUGCGAGAGUACGUGAUUUCUCCCCACGGACCUCUCCACUGGUAGCCGUGAUAAUCUGAUCAACGAUGAAAGUCACGUGAUCAAAAAUCUGAUCAGUUUCGGUAUCCGCGGUGCUAAUUUUCUCCACGUCUAUUGCGCCCUUGCGCAUCUGUGUCGUCGGCGGAAGUCGGAUCAUAAUCAAAUAUGAGCGCAUUCCUCUCAUCUUCGUGCCCAGGAUAACCCAAGAAAACAAUCUCUUAUCGAAUCCACUUAUACACCUUUCAAAACAAUUCGAAAUCCAAUGAGACGCCAACAAAUAGUCACUCAACAGGACGAUCUUUUUUCUUUCCUAUAGUACUGAGUCAGUACCGAAAACAAUGCGAAAGUGGUCAUAACUUUAAUAACUGAUGUAGAUAGUUCAAAUUGCACAUGUAGUUGGAGUGACUCCUCUUCUAUACUGGUGUUACAGAAUCUUUUUCUUCGUUGCAGGUGAGGUAAUGGAUUGCAAGCAACAUAUCAACGUGCUGUCAUUGCGUUCUUGACGAAGGAGGGCUGCGGACUGUCGGACUUCCACAGAAAGCUAUAGAAUGUGAACGGAGAUAACACCAUUGACAAGAGCAAUGUGCCCUGGUGGAUAAAGGAGAAACAGCGUUGUUGAAGACAAUUCGCGCAGUAGGAGACCAACUGCGACCAUUGAUAUGAAUCGACGAGUGGACUCGCGAGGACGUGUGGACGUGUCACAGUCCGUGAGAGUUGCUAAUCAACUGAACUGUGGUCACAGUGCUAUACAGAAGGUGAUGGAAAGCAGCUUGCACUCGCUCCUUCGUCAAGACAUCAAUGACAGCACGUUGAUUCUGCUUGGAAUCCAUUGUUCACCUGCAAUGAAGAAAAAGAUCCUGUAACAUCAGUAUAGAAGAAGAGUCACUCCAACUACAUGUGCUAUGUGAACGAUCUACGUCAGUUAAUAAUAAAGAAGUUAUGACCACA